UUCUACCCAGUCAGAAUAAAUUUUUAAAGAAUAAUUUUCAUGGCCAUGGAAGUAGGGAAUGCAAAGACCAAAGGACUGUGUGAAACAAUGUGUCCCCGACAAGAAAUAAUGUUGCGUACUCGAGAGAAGCUUGUUCAUCCUUUUGAACUGACUUUGGACAGAAGUGACAAGUAUCCUGGAAGACUAGGGGCUGAUGAGGCAACGAUGGUGAAAGAGUUUUCUAGGCCGGCAGCUGGACGUGCAGACACAGAGCCUAGAAACCUGCGCCCAGCACCAGUUCUUAAGAAGACUGUAACAUAUUUAUAUGAGACUAUAAUACCAAAGGAGCAUCCUGCAUGGAAUAAUGUGUAUGAUUUUGUGUUUGAUCGUUUGCGUGCAGUCAGGCAAGAUAUGGUCAUACAAGGCAUAGUAGGUGUGGAUGCAAUUGAGCUACUGGAGAAAAUAGUUAGGUUUCAUCUCUAUGCAGCAUACAGACUACAAGAUACUACUUUGUCUGAGUUUGACCCAGUUAUUAACAAGCAGCAUUUACUUGAGUGCUUAAAAAGACUUCUAUAUCUUUAUCAGGUGACCCCUGGGAAACAUGAACACAGAGUAGAAAUGGAAAGCGUUUAUUUACUGGACAAUCUCGGGGAUGUGCAUGCCAUGACACACUACCUACACUUGGACCCAGCCCUUAGAAAAUCGCCACUACUUUUCCAGUGCUACAGAAUCAGUGAUGCCUAUGUUCAAAGAAAUUAUGUUCGAGCACUGCGUCUAAUUUGGAAGCUGCCCUGUGCAAUGUGCCUCUGUGCUGUUAGCAGGCACCUGCAUAGUUUACACAUAAAUUUCCUCCAAAUACUUUCAUCUGCAUACAGUGUCAAGAACUGCAGGUUUCCUGUUCAUUACCUUACAUUACUUUUAUACACAGACUCUGAAAAAGAAACAAAUGAUCUGUGUAUGCAAUGUGGGCUCAUUGAUAUGUUUGACAAUACUAGUCAGGAGUAUAUUUGCUUCAACAAGGCGUCUUUCCAUAUACCUAAAGAGUUAAAGCAAACACCAUCAAGAAUAGCCAUCUUAGACAAGAUGCUACAAACAUCAGAUAUUUCGUAUCUGUUACUGGGAAAAUAACAGUGUUACUAUAAAACUAUAAGUAAUAGUAAUAUUAUUAUCUUUUUUAACAAAUC